AUGCAACAAUUAGAUUGCUUGACAGAUAAUUGUUAUUGGGAUGCCGAUUCAUCAAUUUGCACAAAUAAGCCUUGUUCUGAAUUUUCAUAAUCUGAUUGCUAAAUACUACCAGAUCCAUUCAAUUGCAUUUGGAAUUAUACAACAAAUAAAUGUGAAAAUUUUACAAAAUGCUCUGAUUACUCUUUUAAUAUAGAUAAGCUAUCACUAUAUAAAAAUUGCUUUUGGUAUUAAACACCUGAUGGUACUUAAUGUGUUUAGAAUACAGAAUAGUAAAUCUGUGAAUCUAAAUUAAUAAAUAAAUGCUCAGAUUACAUAACAAAUGAAAGUUGUAAUUCUUUUGCUUGUUAUUGGAGUGACUUUAAUAUUUUUACAGAAAUAACAUGCUCCAUUUUAUAAUAAGAUAAUUAUUUUAUGUAUUUAUCGGUUGAUUCAAAAUCAGUCAAACUUUGUUAAUGGACUGGAAAUGCUUGUGUUGAUUUAGAUGUAUCCACUUUAACAUAAACAUAAUGUUUGACCGCAACUGAUUUCACAUACGGAUGGAAUAUGGAUACACAAAGAAGUGAAGUUUUUGAACCUCCAGAUAUUAGUUCCAGUUCAUAUAUAAUUCUAUUAGAGGCUAUCAUAUUGGUAAUCUUAAUAAAUUGA